GAAGAACGGCUACGCUUCAUUCGUCUCGCCUUGAAAGAAGCCCGGAAAUGCACACCGACGAAGACCGCCUUUUGCGUUGGAUGCAUCAUCACAAUUCGCUACCCUCCAGAAGCUGAUGCUUCUACCAUACUAUCGACGGGCUACUCUAGGGAGCUACCAGGAAAUACACACGCUGAGGCGAAUGCGUUAGCGAAAGCGCGUGCAAUGACGUCCGACGCAAUCCAGUCCUUGUUUCCGACGCAUCCGUCCCUAACUGUGGACGAACUUCUGGCCGGCGCUGACGUGUAUACCACGCUGGAACCAUGCUCUGUCCGGACGUCAGGUCUGGCUCCCUGUGCUGACGCUCUUAUCGCGGCGAACAUUCGACGCUGCAUCAUUGGGGUUGGCGAGCCAGAGGAUUUCGUCGUUUGUGAGGGCGCGAGGAAGCUCAGAGACGCUGGUAUCGAGGUUGUCUGGCUGAAAGGCCUGGAAGAAGAGUGCUUGAAGGAGGCUCGACGAGGACACUGA